GCCGUCCACCUGUGCAGUGAUACGUCUUCUCUUUUUCGACCACUACAACAAGAGCAAGCAGCACAUUACAGCCACGGGGCUGGGGUUGGGAGGCCCUGUGCUGAUGAUUAUUUCCUGGCUGCUAUGGCGGCCAACUACUGGGAGUCCACCCAGCGAAAGCACUGGCAGUUCACCAAGGAGCAGCUGGCCUCAAUCCGCCAGAAGCUCGAGGAUGAAGACCCAGCGCUGGUCCAGAGCUUUGGCCUGCCACAGCUACGACACCUGAACAUAUUCUUCAACCAGCAGACCAACCGCCUCGCAAAGAGACUCGGGACUCGACAACAGGCCAUCGCCACCGCCCAGGUCUAUAUCAAGCGCUUCUACACAAAGGUCGAGAUCAGGAGGACCAACCCUUUCCUUGUCAUGGCAACGGCUCUAUACCUGGCUUGUAAGAUGGAGGAGUGUCCGCAGCAUAUUCGGCUUGUGACACAGGAAGCUCGAGGCCUCUGGACUGACAUGCAACUCUUCCACGAACCCUCCAAAAUUGGCGAGUGCGAGUUCUGGCUCAUAUCUGAGCUGAACUCGCACCUCAUUGUACAUCAACCCUACCGUACCCUGACUAGCUUACAAUCCAACCUGAACCUUACCAACGACGAGCUAGCCCUGGCCUGGUCCAUUGUUAACGACCACUACAUGACCGAUCUUCCGCUAAUCUACCCACCGCACACUAUUGCUCUCACCGCCAUCCUACUGGCCAUCGUCUUCCGGCCGUCUCAGAACAGCGGUGCUGCGCAAGGCCAGGCCCAGAGCCCGAGCUCGAGCCAAGGGUCAGGCACGGGGACAGCUGGGCUAGGCACACCCAAUGGGCAACAGUCGAGCCAGCAGGGUGUGGACAGUGCAAGCAAUGCCCACAAGAUUGAGCGGUACAGCAAGGUGCAGCGUUUCGGGCACUGGCUCUCGGAGAGCAAUGUUGAUCUCGAGGCCAUGGUGGACUGUACCCAGGAGCUCAUAUCGUUUUAUGACUGCCAUGAAGCAUAUAAUGAUAAGCUGACAAGGGAGCAGAUCGUGCGGUUCAUCAAGGCCAGAGGAUUAGAUAAGGGAUGA